AUGAAUAAAAAUAGAUUAAACUUUGGAACAAGUGGUGGACGAAGUAGUGGAGGGUUCACGUUGACGAGGCAGUUGUUGGUUGCAUGUGUGGCAUUUGUCGUCAUUACAAUGAUCCUCAUAUCGAAUAUGAGUCAAAAGGAUGGUGGUGGUAGUAGUGUGGUUGGACAGAGACAAGGACAGGCAACCGUGACGGGACAGGCAUCCAAACAACCGACACCUGAAGAGAUGCGAGAGAAUUUAGACAGAGCUCUUGGCACUGCCACACACUAUAGACAAAAGAGAAGACAUGCCAACCCAGAGAACCGAUACCUCAACGACGACAAUGCAAGAGACGUUGCUUUGCAAUAUUGGUCGCCCAAGAUUGUCGACCGUCGUCGAAAGAGACUGACCGACGAGGAGCAGAUGGAAGCUAACCGUGAAAAGGCAUUGGCUAGCAAACAGACCGAAGACGAGAGACUUCGAAUCCAAGAGUUGGUCAUAUCGGACGUCAACCGUGAGGUUGCCUUUGUCGAGAGUCUCAUGCAAUCGGGUAUUAAAAUCGACGAAUACGCAGCCGUGCCAUACGUUGAUCGCGAAGCUUAUCCCAUGUACCCACUCAAUGCCAACUCAUCGGCCGACUUUAAAAACAGUAUGGAGUGGAAACAGGACCCUACCAAGAACCCAUUCCUCAUGCCACACCCAUACAUUUUCGUUCAUGUUCCCAAGACGGGCGGAUCAUCCCUCGCCAACAUAUUCAAGAGAAAUGAACGUCGUGACAAGUUUCACCACUUUUGGAUGCGUCCAUCCUACCAAGAAGUGCAAUACAUCUCCUAUCUCAACAUCAUCUAUGGUCACAUUCGAUUUGGAUUGCACCACUACUACGAGGCCGAGCAACCAGGUCGUCUAGGUGUAUUGGCGUCGGAGGAGAUGAACCCAUACAGCUACAUGACCAUGCUUCGUGAACCCGUCGACAGAGUCAUCUCUCACUAUUACUACCAUCGUCAAAAUCGUCGUGACCCAGGUCACGCCUUAUCAAUGAAAUAUACUUUGGACGAUUGGUUGGAUCACACUGGUGCUGCAACCAAUGAACAGGCUCAUAUGUUGUGUGGUAUUGCAUCCACAGACACAAACGACAAUCCAGAAUUCCUUUCAAAAUGUUCUCAUUAUCAUCUUCAAUAUGUAUAUAAAUAUGUUGGAUUAACAGAGAAAUUCCCAGAAAGUUUAGUAUUAUUGACACAUUAUACAGGAUUCCAAGCAAUUAGAUUUUCAAAGAUCAAUACUGGAACACAACGUCUCAAGGUUGAAGACAUUGAUCCAAAUGUAAUCGAAAAGAUCAAACGUUUGAAUGCUAUCGACAUUUCACUCUACAACAUGGCUGUUGAUAUUUUCGAGAAAUCGGUCGAUGCUGUCGGUCGUGAAUUUGUUACCUACCAAUCUGAUCUCUUGAAAGAUAAGAUCAGACAAUAUUUACCAUCAAAAAAGAUUUAA